AUGCUAUCUGGUUCUAUUCCUAAUGCUUUUACAAAUUUGCAUUAUGGAAUUGAUAUUGACCUGUCUUACAAUGAGCUCACAGGUCCGGUUCCACCGAGCCCCAACUUGUUGAAUGCGUCCAUACAAGGCAAUCCAUGUUUGUGUGGAAAUGUUACGGGAGUGAAACUUUGUACAAGUCAAAUUAAGAAGAAGAAAAACCAUCCCUUUCGUCACAAGCUCAUCCUUGUAAUUAUGCUCCCCCUUAUAGGGGUAGUUUUACUUGGUUUAUUCACGUAUGGAUUCAUUGCUUAUCGACAACAAUGGAAAAAGUCUCCACGUAAACCAUUGGAAGAAGAAAGUGGUGAUUAUUUCCAUAUUACAAGUUUUGAUGGUAAAGUAGUGUAUGAUGAUAUCUUGAAGGCAACAAAUGAUUUCAGUGAAGCGUACUGUAUAGGGACAGGAGGAUACGGUAUUGUUUACAAGGCAAAGCUACAACCUGACAAUGUGGUUGCUGUCAAGAGACUUCAUUCAUCAUCCGAGAAUGUUGAUCAUAGUGGUUUCCUUAAUGAGGGAAGCCUUGGAUCAAUCUUAAGAAGCGAUGUCUUGGCAAAAGAAUUGGAUUUGUUGAAAAGAGUAAAUAUUGUAAAGGGCGUUGCUAAUGGUUUGGCUUAUAUGCAUCACGAUUGCACACCUCCUAUAAUUCAUAGAGACAUUUCCAUAUCCAACAUCCUUCUCGAUUCUGAUUAUGAGGCAUGCAUUUCUGAUUUUGGGACAUCCAAGCUUUUAAAGCUAGACUCAUCAAACUGGACUGCAGUAGCAGGAACCUAUGGUUAUAUCGUUCCAGAGCUUUCUUAUACGAUGGUGGGAAAUGAGAAAUGUGAUGUGUAUAGCUUUGGAGUUGUUGCACUAGAAGUGGUCAUGGGAAAGCAUCCUGGAGAACUCAUAACAUCUUUAUUAACAUUAUCAGAUGAUCAUCUGGUGUUAGCAAAUGUGGAAGACAGUCGGAUACCGCCUCCCUCAUCCCAAGUUGAGAAACAAGUUAUGUCAGUAUUGAGAGUCUCAAGAGCAUGUUUGAACUCCAAUCCUCUUGAAAGACCAACGAAGCACCAAGUUUCAAAUCUGUUGAUGAAGGCCUAA